GCUGUUCACCCCAGCUCCCAGCGUCCCUGAUACCCCUCUCACCCCCCAGAUCUUGAGCACACUGACCCCCAUCCUGGGAUAUUUGCCAGAUCUCGGGGAGGAAGAUCAUUUGUUUGGGCUAUGCCCCCUGGUGGCAUGACAGUGUCUGCCUAGACCCCUGACCCCUAGCCCUCAACUCCUGGGCCUCCUUUGUGUGAAGCGCUGCCCCUCUGCUCAGCACUGUGGUUGGGGCCAAAGGGAAAGCCAGCCCCGGCUGGGCUCCGGCCCCCGCCACUUGCCUCCUCGCUGGGCAGCUCCCCCAGGCCUUUGGGCCCCUCCUCCUGGGCCGCCCCAAUGAAGGAGCCGGAUGCCAUCAAGCUGUUUGUGGGGCAGAUCCCGAGGCAUCUGGAGGAAAAGGACCUGAAGCCCAUCUUCGAACAGUUUGGUCGGAUCUUCGAGCUGACUGUCAUCAAGGACAAGUACACCGGGCUGCACAAGGGAUGUGCCUUCCUGACAUACUGUGCCCGCGAUUCAGCCCUGAAGGCCCAGAGUGCCCUGCACGAACAGAAGACGCUUCCAGGGAUGAACAGGCCGAUCCAGGUCAAGCCAGCCGACAGCGAGAGCCGAGGAGAAGACCGGAAGCUCUUUGUGGGGAUGCUAGGGAAGCAGCAGACAGAUGAGGACGUCAGGAAGAUGUUCGAGCCUUUUGGGACCAUAGACGAGUGCACUGUGCUCCGGGGGCCAGAUGGCACCAGCAAAGGUUGCGCCUUUGUGAAGUUCCAGACCCAUGCUGAGGCCCAGGCGGCCAUCAACACCCUUCACAGCAGCCGGACCCUGCCGGGUGCCUCAUCCAGCCUGGUGGUGAAGUUUGCUGACACGGAGAAGGAGCGAGGUCUCCGCCGAAUGCAGCAGGUGGCUACCCAGCUGGGCAUGUUCAGCCCCAUCGCACUGCAGUUUGGAGCCUACAGCGCCUACACCCAGGCCUUGAUGCAGCAGCAGGCGGCCCUGGUAGCGGCUCACAGUGCCUACCUCAGCCCCAUGGCCACCAUGGCUGCCGUGCAGAUGCAGCACAUGGCUGCCAUCAAUGCCAAUGGCCUCAUCGCCACUCCCAUCACCCCAUCCUCAGGAACCAGCACCCCUCCUGCCAUCGCUGCCACGCCCGUGUCUGCAAUCCCUGCUGCCCUGGGCGUCAACGGCUACAGCCCCGUGCCUACCCAGCCCACCGGGCAGCCUGCCCCUGAUGCUCUGUAUCCCAACGGGGUUCACCCCUACCCAGCCCAGAGCCCCGCGGCCCCCGUGGACCCCCUGCAGCAGGCCUACGCAGGGAUGCAGCACUACACAGCAGCCUACCCAGCAGCCUACAGCUUGGUGGCACCCGCGUUCCCGCAGCCUCCUGCCCUGGUCGCCCAGCAACCCCCUCCUCCUCCCCAGCAGCAGCAGCAGCAGCAGCAGCAGCAGCAACGGGAAGGCCCUGAUGGCUGCAACAUCUUCAUCUACCACCUGCCCCAGGAGUUCACAGACUCAGAGAUCCUCCAGAUGUUUGUCCCCUUCGGCCACGUCAUCUCAGCCAAAGUCUUUGUUGACCGGGCCACCAAUCAGAGCAAGUGUUUUGGCUUUGUGAGUUUCGACAAUCCGGCCAGUGCCCAGGCUGCCAUCCAGGCCAUGAACGGUUUCCAGAUUGGCAUGAAGCGCCUCAAAGUCCAGCUAAAGCGGCCUAAGGAUGCCAACCGGCCCUACUGAGGGCCCCCCAGGUCUGGAGACACCAGAGGAAGGGGCACCAAACCCCUCGCCCCACGUGGUCCCAGCCCUUUCUGCACACCUGCUCGGGCCUCGAUGGGGCUCUGGGGCAAAAGCUGCUUCACAGCCCUGGGGGAACAGGACCGUGGCCCACUCCUACCACCCCGCCCUCCUGAAGGGCCUGUUUGCUCCCAGGUGCCCUUUUGGCCUUUGUGAGGGAGCGUGGGACAGGCCCGAAGGCUCCGGGGUAUCUGCCUUCUGCUGGGGCUCCUGCGGUGACCUCCUGUGCCCAGCUUUCACACUCACCUCCCCACCAGCGGGCUUGUGGCUCUGGAAGGGUAGAGGGGCCUCCCACAAACUCCCCACCUCACCCUCGCCCUAGCCUCUUCCCCAUACUAGGGGUUUCUCAGAAGCUGGUUCUCAAACUCCCUACCACCCUCAGUUAGAGGUAGGAUAUCCCUGAACCCUGGGCUCCCAGCCCUAAAACUCACUGCCUCCCCCAUGGGCCCCCUCUAAGGAGGGUGUGGGGGAGCCCUGAGGGCUGCCUUGCCACCAGUCAGCCACAGAGACCCUCCUCCUUUCAUAUGAGGAAAAGACCUCCCCAAACCCUUAAAAAUGUUUACAGUCUCUGCUGGUCCCCUCCGUGUAAAUACCACUACCACCCGUGCGUUAUCCAGCCCGGCCCGGCCCGGACGCUGCCAUCUCUCUUUCUGGGAGUUUAGACAAUGUUUCCCUUGGAUUUUUUCUCUUGAUUUCUCCCUUUGCUUUGGGGGUAAUUGGGUAUUUGGGAGGAUGGGUGUGGGGAGGGUUACAAGGGUUUAUUACCUGAUCAUUUUCUUUAGGAAGAGG